AUGUCAGACCUUGGGAAGCUUACAUACUAUCUUGGUAUAGAACUAACGCAAGGAGCUGAUGGCAUUCACAUCAAACAAGAAGGAUACGCACAAGGUAUACUUGUCAAGACGAAGAUGGAGUCAUGUAACUAUACUCAUGUUCCGAUGCACACGAGUUUGAAAGUAUCAAAGGCAGAGGAGGAGCCUGAGAUUGAUGCAACAUCGUAUCGAAGCAUCAUAGGAUGCUUAAGGUAUCUUCUUCAUACACGACCGGACUUGGCGUUUUCGGUUGGUGUAUUAAGCAGAUAUAUGCAGAGUCCAAGAGAGAGUCAUGGAGAAGCAGUGAAGCAUCUCAUACGAUACAUAAAGGGCACUACAGAGUAUGGUCUCUUCUUCAAACGGGAUGGAACAACGGAGAUUACAGGUUACAGUGACAGCAGCCAUAACAUAGACGUUGAUGAUGGAAGAAGCACUACAGGGUUUAUGUUCUACCUAGGAACAUCGCCGAUCACGUGGACAUCGUGCAAGCAACCCACAGUGGCACUCUCUUCAUGUGAGGCGGAGUUCAUGGCAGCUACGGAAGCUGCAAAACAAGCAAUUUGGUUAAAGGAGUUGAUGGUCGAGAUCAUGAACAAAUAA